AUGCCACAAGACAUCGCUGUAGCCCACACGACAGCCACAGCUGUCAUGAAGAACAGCCAGCUUUCCACAGACGACAAAGACGGGGCAGGAUACGCGCCUGCGCAUUGGAUUGAGGGAGCAAGAUUUUCUACAGGGCAUGCGGCAGCAACAGCAAAGAAGAGGCAACAAAGCUUUUUCCGUCACCUUUCAACGGCGGCCUUUGUCUCUCUUGCUUGCUUUGCAGUUGCAUUUGCAACUAUUUACUGUGCACGGAAACUACUACUUGCGGGAACCUCCCAUUACAAAACAAGGUCACUGGCGAACGCCGAAGACGACGGAGAAAGCUUCUGUGGCUCAGACAGUGGAGAUUCGGAUGAAUUUUCGGAAGAGACCUCAGAGUAUGGAGAAGCAGUGGGGCCAGGCGAGGUUGGAGGUUUCAUCCUGGAAGAGGGCACAGCCGAAGAGCGGGCAUCGUGCAUGAUACAGGAGCUGCUACGCUUAGUUAACUUGGGCUCCUCAGCGCUCCCGUGGGUGCAUCCUCAGGAUAGAGUAGCAUAUGUGCAAUUGUUAAUAACCAUUGCUAUUCAGGAGUUGGCCUUUUUGGGGACCCAUACUUCAAACUUUCUGGAGCCGCAACGUGUAGCCGCGAUUGAGGCGGUAGUCCAGUUCGGGAACUCAGCCAUGGAGAACGAUCAAGAUACAGACCGUUUCAGGAUGCAGAGAACUUCUAACCUUGUAAAAGUGCUACAGGGCCUCAGGGUGCCAUGCGUUUCUUUCCUAGAGUCCAUGGGAGAGCACCGAACACGGAGGCUAGCGGAUGAGGCCUUGCUGGCGCGCAUGAUGAUACUCGCAUGCACCCGAGCCCUGCUCUCUCUGUUACCUUGGAUAGAGAGCGGUAUAAGGGCCCCCAGAAAUAUCACAAAUGCGAUUCUCACAAUUCUUUCCUACUCUAGACACACCCGCAAGCGAAAGCUCCGCCGAGACGGAGACACUGCUUCCUGGAUCAAGGAACUUCAAAACGAACUCUCUUUCAUUGGCAUUUUCAAGCCGUUCGGGCCUCUUGAAGAGAGUCCCAGACGUCGGACAAUGCUUCGCGAAAUGAUCACCGGAUUCCUUCGACUUAGAUGUUAUGGCAGAGACCUUAGGACGCGUCUCUGCAAAUUCUCGAACGAGUUGCAAAGUUCCAUGAGAGGUAACUUUAUACACGUUUGUGGUGGAGGGGCGUCGGUGGUUCAUGAACGGAAUCGACCUGGUGGUCAACUGGGUCUUUCCAGCAGUGAGGCUACUAGUCUUUCAGCUGCGCUCAAAGGGGGACUCGAAGAGGAGCCAGAUUUGUCGUUGUUUCUCGACCCUGAGCGUCGGCGUGAUGCUGCUUCUUUGGAUUCUUCUGAAGGUGAAGAACCGUCCACAAGCUCCGCUGCAACUGGUCGGGCCCCGCCAACUGUUGAAGGGCAGACCACAGCAUCCUCAGAAAGACCAACAUUUAGAAGUGGAUAUGAUCAACACGUUGUGCAUUCAUAUGCAGUGCUAGCUUAUACCAUUGCCUGCUUCAUUCCUGUUUGGGUCGGGACAAAUGCAUCCGCUUUAGCGCGCCCCAUAUCACCUAGGCAACUGCAAUUCCCAGAAGAGCCGGAACAAGCAGAGUCUUUCGAUUACUUAGAAGGAGCAGCCGGAGGAGAGG